AUGAAACCGGGUGAACGGCAAUAUUUACUGGAAACUACCAGGUCGACCACCAUUAUUUCCACCAGGUCCACCAUCAAUAUUGGAGCUUGGAAUGUCCGCACAAUGUACAAAGCUGGAAAAGCAACCCAAGCAGCAGCAGAAUUGAGACGCUAUAAAAUAGCUAUCCUGGGUGUCAGCGAAUCAAGGUGGACUGGCUCAGGACAAAAAAGGCUGAUAACAGGAGAGUUACUGCUGUACUCAGGUCAUGAGAAUGAAAAUGCACCACAUACUCAAGGAGUUGCACUCAUGCUAUCAAACCAAGCACCAAGGGCUCUCAUUGGAUGGGAGGCACACUGCCCGCGGAUCAUAACAGCUACCUUUAAAACUAAAAUAAGACGAAUAAACAUGGACAUAAUACAGGCCUACGCCCCAACAAAUGACAGCAAAGAGGACAAAGAUGAAUUCUACAACAGGCUAAUGACCUUUAUCCAGAACCGCCCAAGAAGAAACAUCCUUAUACUCAUGGGCGACUUCAAUGCCAAGAUUGGAAGCGACAACGGAGGAUAUGAAGAAUGUAUGGGACAGCAGGGUUUAUGUGAGAUGAACGAAAACGGAGAAGGAUUAGCUGACUUGUGUGCCACAAAUAAUUUAGUCAUUGGAGGUCUCUUUCAUUACAAAAGGAUACAUAAAGCUACUUGGGUAUCACCUGACAUAUCUAUAGAAAACCAGAUAAAAAAGUUCAGGAGAUCACUUCAUGAUGUACGCGUCAAGAGAGGAUCUGAUGUUGCUUCAGACCAUCACAUACUGGACAAUACCUGA